GGAGAGUCAAAAGGAAAUUUUACUGGAAGCAAUAGAGGAGUAUGGGAAGGGGUUUUCAGGGGCCUCUGUUGCCUGCAUUCCUGAGCCCUCCAGCGUACUGAAGGUUUUCUAGGUGGCAGCCAGCCAGACGGAGGCGGUCAGACUUCCCCUAGCUGUGAAGAAGGCAAGCUGCAAUUUGAGAACAGCUUACACUCCCCGCCUCCUGGCACUCCUGGGGCGAGUCCGGUCGGGGAGACGGCCAGGGAUCCACUGAGCCCAGGAGGAUUGUAUUGGAGCUCAAGACUAGAGCUGGGAUCCCAGGAUCAACCCCUCCCCUCCCCCCUCCACUGACAUCCCCCACUGGACAGAGAAUUGCUUCUUUUUCAAGCUUCAAGGUGUGUCUGAUCAGAAGGAGCUGGACAGUGUCUCUGAGAACCAGAGGGAACCUCACUUCUCUGUCAUUCCAGGAGCCAAAUCAGGCAUGAAGAAUCUUUAACUCAAUACAUCUUGUGAGCAUCAGGGAGGGCAAAGCAACAUGGAUUCUAUCAGUCAAGCCUCCCCAGAGAGAGUGCUGCCUAAGCAUAUCCUGGACAUCUGGGUCAUCGUCCUUAUUAUUCUGGCCACCAUCGUGAUCAUGACUUCUUUGGUGCUGUGUCCAGCCACAGCUGUCAUCAUUUAUCGAAUCCGGACUCAUCCUAUACUCAAUCAGGCCUUUUGAAAACUCCAGAUGCUGGGGGUGGGUGGGAUGCUAGUCUGGGCUUUUGAUGCAUGGGCAUGGCCCGGAAAACUCCCUCUCUUUAGCAGGGUCAUGAUGAGAGCUUUUCCAUUAGGGAAAAUGUCUUGAAGCUACCAAACAGGACUAGAUCUUGUCCGUGAAAAUGCUUUUAUGAAGCAUGUCUCCAUCAGGAGCCAUCAACAGUGAUGGAGGAAGGAAGCUCUCUGGUAGGGCUGGUCUCCUUCUGUCAAACACAUCUGGCCCGGCUUCAGGAUGUCCAGGCUACAAGGUGGAGGCUCCUGAGGCUGGAACUUGUGGAUAUCAGAGAUGCUUCAAGAACAAUCAUCAGGAACAAGGAUGACUGAGGAGUUACUUCUUCCCUCUUUCUUUUCCUUCCAUCACCCACAAAGCCCUCCCUAUCCUGGGAAGUCCCCUGCCAAGUUUUCUAUCCUGUUCAAUUCCUGGUGGGACCUUGUUCUUAGCAAGUUGCAAGUUAGCUAAAGUGCUAGCUCAUUAUAGUUUAAAGUCCCUUUCUUUUUUAGGAUAUUUACAUUUUAAUAAAAUACUAUAUUCAAACUUUUGUUGCCCAAAGGAAUGACUAAUAGUCCACAAGCACUUAUUAAGCACCUUUCCAAGGGCCAGGAAUUGUGCUAAGCUCUAGAGAGAUACAAAGAAAGGCAAAAGAAAAGGCUCCUUGCUCUCUGGGAGCUCAAAGAUCUCAGGCACGUUGACAGUCCCUUGGGGGAUAUUUGGGGAGGGGCUCUUUCAGAGGUCUGGUCCUACCCAAUAGCCAGGAACAAAUCUUUUGAUGUGUUAUCUCUAGCUGAAAGAAAGUAAAGACUUUGUCUGGGGCAGGGAAGGUUGAAUGUAGCAUUUCCUAAGUUCUUGCCCCUGCUUCCAUACAGGAUGUAAAAACCAGAGGUACUGGGGCAGCUGGGUGGUGCAGUGGAUAAAGCACCAGCCCUGGAUUCAGGAGAACCUGAAUUCAAAUCCAGCCUCAGACACCAGACACUAGCUAUGUGACCCUGGGCAAGUCGCUUCACCCUCAUUGCCCUGCAAAAACAAAACAAAGACCCAGAGGUACUUGGCAAGAGAGUCUGUGAUCUUGCUGGGCACACAGAAAUCCCCUGCCUUUCCAAAGAGAACAAAGGCUGGGCUUAGCAGGAUAUGUGCUAUUGCCUUAUUCCCUAUCUGCCCAUGCUUAUAUAUGUAUCCUUCAGGACUACUGGUCCUAAUUUGUUUUCCUUCGGAUCAGAUCUGUGAUUUCAUUGGCUCUGACUUUGCCACUAGUGAGCUGUGUGGCCUCAGCUAGGCAAGAGAUGGAGAUCCCGAGAGGUUAAGCGAUUUGUCCAAUAUCACGCAGCCAGUUAUUAAUAACACAAUUGGGAAUAGAGUCAAGGUCUAAUGGGUCUUAGUGGAGUGGUCCUUCCAUUAUACUAUGUUACAGUUUAGAAUCAUUGCAAAAUGGGGGCAAUUAUGAUCUACAUUUUGUGGCACUUUUUUGGGUGGGUAUUUUGUGGCACUUUAAGAUUAACAAAGGUCUUUUUUUGGGGGGUGGUGAGGCAAUUGGGGUUAAGUGACUUGCCCAGGGUCACACAGCUAGUGUCAAGUGUCUGAGGCUGGAUUUGAACUCAGGUCCUCCUGACUCCAGGGCCAGUGCUCUAUCCACUGUACCACCUAGCUGCCCCCAAAGGUCUUUUCUUAUAACAGACCCUGGAGGGAGUAGUACAAAUAUCAUUGCUCCCAUUUUAAAGAUAGGAAAGUUGAAAUUCAAAGACCACAUAGAUAAUUGUCAGAAUUGGGACUCCCAUGUAGGCCUUCCCACUUUAGGUUUCAUACUCUUUCCUCUACAGAUUUGCUGUCAUGCUUUCUUUCUUUCUUUUUUUUUGGUGGGCAAUGGGCGUUAAGUGACUUGCCCAGGGUCACACAGCUAGUAAGUGUCAAGUGUCUGAGGCUGGAUUUGAACUCAGGCCCUCCUGAAUCCAGGGCUGGUGCUUUAUCCACUGUGCCACCUAGCUGCCCCCCAUGCUUACUUCCUAAGGCUGUGAUUCGAAUACUCUAAAAUGAGAGGGAAUGUUGGCAUAGCGGAUAACAAGGCAGCCUCUGAGUCUGGAAGACUUGUUUAAGUCAUUCUUUUGAUAUAUAUUAGCUGAAUGAUCAUAAGGAAGUCACUUAACCUCUUAGUCCCCAGGAAACUCUCCAGGACUAAAAGUUGUAGAGCAUUUGUUGAUCUGCAUUGGUAGAGGAAAUUAUCUUAUUGGGAAUUCCCCUAACAAUGAAAUCACAGGUUCUUUUUUUUUUUUUUUAAAGAAUUCUACAAUGGCUUUAUGAUCACAUCUAUUCAGAUGUUCCGUCCAAAGAUGCCCAUCCUUGGCCACUCUUUUCCAGGUACUUUCAUGUGGCAAUAAAAGAGGUGAAAGCUUUUUGAAAACUAUGAUAUAAAAAAAAAAAGAAAACUAUGAUAUAAGAGGCCUUGUGUCAGUGAAAUAGGAAGCCAAUUAUUCAGCAUAUCCCUCUUUACCUGUGUAUAUACUUGUCACUGAUUCACUGGUUGCCCAAGGCUGCAACCUACCCUCCCUUCCCUGUAGGCUCCAGAAUUUUUCCAACCCCCUCCUCUUGUUCCUCGCCAAUCACAAACGACCAGUCCCAUGGCAUCUUCCCCCCUAAACUCUGCUCCAGUGAGUGGGCAUAUUACCCUUCCCAAAUAAGAGGCUUGGUUUUCAAGAAAAGGCUCUCUUACCCUGGUGACUCUAACUGGGGCAUGUCAGACACGUGUGGCAGGGACAGCCGGGAAGAUAUUUCUGGACCGAUAGAGCCUAUCCUAUUACCAAGAAUGGGAAAUUCCUGGAGCUCUCAAAGUUGUUUGGGAAGAUUACACGAAGAUGUAGUAGGAAAAGAAUGCUUUUAUUUAGGGUGUGUUCUUAUUUUCCUGAUGGGCUCUUAAUAGCCAUUAAAAAUAACAGGAUGAGACUAUCUGAGAUCUUUUUUCUUCUUUCAUCCAUAAAUACCUUUCUUUGGAGCACCCUAGUCCUGGCCUCAGUACUGGGAGUCCAAGUACGAAUGAGAUGUGGUAUCUACUUUCUAAAUGAUUAUACUGGCUUUUCAAAGCCUCAACAUUUGUGUUGUCCAACUGCUCUGCUUUGGAGAGUUUAGAGCUAUUAAUGCAGGAAAGUUUUGGGAACAGUGGUUUAAAAAGUCUAGGAAGGCUUCGCAGGGAAGGUAAGACUUGAAGUAACCCUUAAAGGGUGGAUAAGGUUUACUUAGAAAGAGUGGUUAAACUUCUCAUAUGGUCUUUUAUUUCCUGAAGGAAUCUUACCCCAGUGAACUUAGCCCUUCCUGUGAUUCCUUAUACCUGUGCUAAUACAUACUUUCUUUGUUAUUGACAGUUUGGAUAUCUUCCCAAGAAAACUGACUGUUCAUAUUCUUUGACCAUGGCUCUUACUCUAUUUUGUGG